AUGGCAGAUGGCGAUGAGGACUUUUGGAACUAUGUAUCUGCCGCGUCUAGUUCGGAGGAUGAGGAUUACCCUUCGACGCGAGCCCGCUUGCCGCUUCCUCCGGGAUCUGUUCUGCACCCGGCUUUCCGAAGUCCACUCGAUCUCCUGGAUGAGGCAGCCCUCGCCCCAAACCGAUCUCCAGCAGCGCCGGUCCUCAAGACGCCGUCUUCUGUCUGCCCGCCUCCCAUGGCGCGCUCCGUUUCAGCGGCUCCUCAGCUAGCUUCAGCGACUAACCUGCUAGCUUUUCCUGCGGCUGCUGCUCCAGCCUUCUAUUCGGCGGCGCGGCUAACUCAGUUAGCAUCCCCUGCUACCACGACUCUCUCAUCUCCGGCUGCAACGGCGCUCACCUCUCCGAGGGCUGCAGAUCCAGCUUCCACGGCGGCCGCACAGCCGCGCUCUGACACAUCCCCUGCGCUGGACUCUACCGGCAGCUCCGCGCUUCCUACUCCAGACUCGUCCGGCAAAUCAGCUGAUCCAGUCCGGGUUUUCGAGUCACUCGUGGCAGCAGCAGCUCUCCGCUCCGCGGUUCCCUUGGCAACGGCACUACACUCCCCUGCUCGCACCACCCCGGAAUCUGCAUACACUGCGGUGAGUUCAGCUCAAGUCUCUGUGAUUUCUUCAGCAGCCCUCAUCUCCAUGCAAUCUCCUUCAGCCCAAGUCUCCAAGUCCGCUCCUGUGUCUGUGGCAGCGGUGCCCACCGCCUAUGUUCCUGUGCCAGCGGUGCCCACCGCUCCUGUGUCUGUGCCAGCGGUGCCCACCGCCAAUGUUCCUGUGCCAGCGGUACCCGCCACCGCCAGUGUUCCUGUGCCAGCGGUGCCCACCGCCAAUGUUCCUGUGCCAGUGGUGCCUAUCGCUCCAGCUCCGAUGCCAGCUUCACCCGCCGCCACGCCUGCCCAAGCUGCACCCGGGUCGUUUUGUGGGGGCCGGCAUCAUGGUGCUGUGGUUCAGGCCGGUCGCCUGCUGGAUUUCUCAAAAUUCAACAAGCUCUUUCACUCCUCGCGCAUGGAGUUUUCUUCUGAGAGCAUCUCCCAUGGCAACCGGGCUGGCAAAAGCUGGCAAACAUGCACAAGCUGA